UGACGUCACACACGCCCAGUGAAGAAGAUGCGCGUUUUUCAGCGCGCGUCUGUUCAUCUGUGUUGUGUUUGUAUGAUCUGAAAUAAACACCAGUGUUUAUUUUUACAUAAUAUGUUACUCACGGGGAAUCGUGUGAGGUGUUGUUGACAAACAGACAUGGAGGAGUUUUUAGAGCACUUCAAAGAGCGCACGAGAUCGGAGCAGCGCUGGUUGUCUGAUGUAUUUGAAGGUGUGAGACGGCAGCUUUAUCCCCUCAUCAGCUCAUCAAUGGGUUUGACUGUGGAGCAGCUGACUCUCGCUGUCCUGUCAAAGGUUCAGAGAGCCGUGGGGUCAGAGGUCACAUCUCUACCUGUCAGCUACAGGUUGCUGUCGCUGUCUGAGUUGACGCAUCAGCAGCACACCGCCUGCUGCAGCAGCCUCAGCUGGAGCUCCGCCCACUACAGAGAACAGGCCAGGAAGGCGGAGCGAGCGCUGCCCGAUUACAAAGCCCUUCCACGCGACAACAUCCUUUUGAUCGGAUACCUGUGUGAUGGGCCGGCCGCAGGGGUGAGCGAUGGGGUCUGGUGGGUGAGAGACGCCGGAGGCAGUGUGCCAUGUGAGAUGUUGAAGUCCUCUCCUCUGUGGCUGGGAAGGUUGAUGUUCUUUCCCACAUGGAACUACAUCCCCCAGAAUGCACCUGCAGGAGGAGGGAAAGCUGCGGGCUAUUUGGAGCUGAUUGACCCUCCGGUCUGUGUGACCCCUGAACCUAUGACCUUUGACCCUGGAGGAUCCCUGACUGAGGCUAUGGGUGUGAAGAGAGCAGCUGAACUUCUGGGGCAGAGGUGUGAUGUUCAGGUGUGUGUCAGUGGACAGGUGAGGGCCAUCUCUCCUCUGCUGCUGAUCUCUGCUAGAAGAUUCUUCUGCCUCAUUCUCAGCGAGGAAGAUUCUUCAGUUCCUGUACUCAUCACGGAGGUCAAACAUCAGUACUGGCGGCAGACUGUUUGUGUGGGACAGUAUAUUUGCAUAUCUGCAGUGCGGGUGUGUUCGCUGCGAGGGUGGGCGGAGCAUUCUGUGCUGUCAGUCACCGCUCAGUCCCGCCUCCAUCCACAUGUGCAGCUGCAUGAGAACACAGAAGAUCUAGAGACUCAACUGAUGGAGACAGAUUCACAGACACACACAGACUCACACUCACCUGAAGCACGCGUGACCUCACACGCACCAGACACAUGCAUGACCUCAAACUCACCUGACACACACGUGACCUUAGCAUCAUGCUCUGCCACUCCAGUUAGAACCAAACACUCCACUCUCAUCAGCUACAAGGGAUUGAUCACAAAGGUCUUGAAUGCAGAGGCGGGGCUUUAUGAGAUUGAUGGGAAGGUGGGUCUUUGUCUGGCCUAUCAGCCGGUUCAGAAAUGUGGCGGUGGCCUGAGACCGGGGACGGAGAUUCAGCUGCACAACAUCCAUUUCCUGUAUCGCCCGUCCCCAUUCGCACCAGAUGUGGUUCUGUGUGCGUGUUUGCGCUCCAGUGUUCAGGUUACCGCCUUCAGUCCUCUGAGUUCAGGGUUUGAGACAGCAGGCACACAAAGCUCACUGCAGCGCCACCUGCUGGAGAAGAACCUGGGAGCGUCGCAGUAUCUUUGGCUCUGUUAUUGUCAGGGCGUCAUCAAAGAGAGGUUGUGUCCACGCUGGGUGAGAGAGGAGCGCGUGUGUGUCGUGGCCGGGCGACUGUUGGACUGUGUGUGUGACACUGAACCAAAGACAAACAGAAAGAGAGACAUUUACAGAGAGAUGCUACAGGAAGCACACCAGUGCCCUGUAACCACGUAUUAUGUGUCCUGGCCGUCUGUGGUGUUGUGGUCAGUGAGACAGCUCUGUGAUUGGAUGAACGGUGAGGUGUGGGCGUCUCUCUCUCUGUCAUCUCUUCUGCCACCGGCGGCCACUCACAUGACAGGUGUAGAGCUGAACGCGUCGCUGGCAUGGUCCGCUGACACCGUCUCUCUCACUAAAGCUCAUUCACAGCCGCUUCUGUUAGUGGGAGUUCUGGAGCUGAGCUCGGUCUACGGCACACUGCAGCUCAGAGAUCAGACACAAACACUUAACUGUCUGUGUGUAGAGACUGACCAAUCAGGAGCCAGAAUCACUAACAUCAGCACAGCCUGGCUGGGUUGUCUUGUGUGUUUGCGGCACUGUACUUUAGUAAUGGAGAGAUUCAUGAAGACACAUUUUCCCUCCUGGAAACACCUCGACCAGACGAGCUACAUUACACACAAACACUGCAGGGUUUAUCUUCAGUUCUGUGUCAGUGAUCUGAUCAUAAUCAGUCCAUCUGCUGCCAUGAGCAUCAGUCUAAUGGAAAAGAAGAGAGAUCAGACAGACAGACGAGAAGAUGGAGAGACAUCAAACAGAAGAGAAGCUGUUAAGAGAGGCAGAGAUGAUGAUGAUGAUGCUCAGUCAGUGAAACGACCUCUGACCUCGUGUGUGAGUCUGAUCUUCAGACUUCAGUCUAAACAGGGUGUGAUGUUCAGGAACUCUUCAGUGUCUAACACACGAUCACACUCACACAAACUUCAGCUCAGUUUCACGGCCAGGGUCACGAGUCUGGGAGACGUUCAGUGCUGGAACAUCGAUCCAAAGAACCGGAAGAUGCAGGAAAGAGAGACUGAUGGACAGAAUACAGAGAUGGAAAUGCACUUUGUAGAUCUUUGUGUUCGCUGGUUCCCUAUUCUGCAUCCUGGAUCUCUUUACAGGUUAAUUGCACUUAACACAAAGGACGUGAGUGUGUUGAAAGCUGAGAGCAUUUCAGUGAGAGGCGGAGUCAAACUACUCAGUAACCCCACCCUCCUAAUAAACAACCAGUGGAAAAUAAACACGCUCACAGACACACAGUCAGAUGUUCCUGCAGUCAUGACGGUAUCUGAAGUUCUGCACUCCAGCUCCGCCCCUGAGAUCGUCUCUUUUUAUGGCGUUAUUUCUCAGCGAAUCACUUUACAAGAAGACACAGGAACAAAACCAAGCGUCCAGUCAGUGACUGUGGCUAAAGACUCGAGCGUGGAGGAGGGUCUGAAGGUCCGUUUGACGGUUCAGGAUCCUGAAGCUUCAGGUCAGAUGAUUCAGGUCUAUGUGGAUUUGUCUUGCGGUCCGUACACACCUGGACUUCUGCCGGGAGCGUCGCUUCUACUCAAUGACUUUCAGCGCAAAGUCUCCAAAGCGUGUAACGUGUACUGCCGCUCUCUGCCCAUCAGUUGUGUGACCGUUACUGGUCUGGGGUCAGUCGGUUCAGGGUCAGGUGGGUCACAGUCUCCUCCUCCCAUGAUGCUCCUGGGCGAUUGGGCAUCAGGUGGGACACAGCAGUGCAUUGUGGGUCAGGUUAAAGGUCACGUGGUGUGUGUGUUGUCUCUGAGACUGCAGUGGAUGUGUUCUCUGUGUGGCAGUAUCUUCAGACAGGGUUCCUGUAGCAGAUCAUCAUGUGAUUCUGUCAGUGCUGUGUUUCAGGCUGAGGCUAAGGUUGUGGUGGAGGACGGCUCAGGUGAGGCUCAGGUCUGGUUUUCGUCUGACACUAUCUGUGAUCUGCUGUUGUUGGAUGCAGGUCAGUGGGAGGGGCUUCAGAGACAUGUCAGGGUCAAAGGUUACGUUAGGGUGUACACACGCGGACACAACAUGAUGUGUGAUGAAGAGGCUGAGGAUUCACUCGUUCAGUAUUUGUGCUGUUUGUGCUCCAGUAACACAGUAUGUCGACUAAUCAGCCUCACCUGCCGACAGCGAGCACAGAGAACAGGAAAAUCUCAGCUGAGGAAAGUCUGUCGAGGACUCACUGAAUUUAUCAGCAAAUUCCCACCAGCUCUUCAACUACACUGCCUUCAGAUACACACAGACUCACACUGACAGACACACACUGAUACACACAGACACACACACACACACACACACACACACACACACACUGAUACACACAAAUAAUGAGACCCACUCAGUGCUGUACUUUAAAGGUUAAAUGCUUAUUUAAAUAGAUUUACUGUGUGUCAAAUAUAAAGUCGAUCAUGACUCUUGUUUGUGUAAAAAGCUUUUAAUAGUGUUUGAAAGAGAUUUUUUGCUUCUGAGGUUUUUGCACAUGUAAAUAGUUUGAAUUGUUUCUGAUAAAAAAAUCACUGUGAGUCGAAUUUUAUGAAAAGCAAUUUUUCUAAAUUGUUUUAAUUUUUUAGACUGAAAUAAAGUGAAAUUUGUUCUCA